AUGGCGAGUGGACGCCCGAUCUCGCCCGCGGCGGCGUUUGCGCCUCUGCUUGUCGUCGUCCUCCUCUGCUCCGGGCUCUGGGGCGUGUCGGCGAAAUCUCCCUCUCCGAUUACGGUUGCUCUCUCUCUCUCUCUCUAUCUCUCUCUCUCCUCUCUCACAGCUUCAGCUGCUCACGGUCUUCUUAUCCCACCGUUUGUUUUGCUCAGGAUGCCGAGAUCAGGGAGAAGAAGAACGCGUGUUACGCCGACAUUGAGAGGUGGGUUUGAUUCCCCGUACGCUCGCGGCUGCUAUGUUUUCGUGCCAUCUCUUGAGAUGAGUUUUGUUUGUUGAUUUCUGAUGCCCGUACUUCGUGGUCUGUGGUCUGUGGGAGAAGUGGUCUGUGGGGUUGGCAGUGCAGAUCCUCCACGGUUUCCAAGGAGAACUGUGCGCUCCGUUGCCUCUCGCCGACCUGCUACGAGCUAGUGUACGGCAGUGAUCCGGUGAGCCUGUAAUCAUAUCUCGCCACUUUGCUGGUUCUCUGCUCGGGUUGGUGCCAUGAUUCUGAGAUACUCUGUUACUAUCUGUCUGGGUGCUUGUUCUUUUCUGAAAUCUCUUUUCAGUUGGAAGAAGGGGAGAUCGACUACAUUCGAGGCCAGGAGUACAAGUACUGCAUGCACAAGUAGGAUAAAUCUAACUUGUUAUCCAUCUAGGUUGUGCGCUGAAACUCUGAUCCUUUUCGCUUCGCUGGGAUUACUCGAGAUCGUUUUAAGCUUCAAGAUGAGUGAACGGUGAUUUUGGAGGGUUUGGGACAGAUGGGCAAAAGAAAUUAGAUCGACGGUUUUGGUUGCUGAUGAUUUGGAUUGUUUCUGUUUUUGAACGUCCAAAGACCCAAGUCUAGGAAUCACCUGUUUGAUAAGAAAUGAACCAUGCAUUCUAAAAGUGACUAUCUAUUCUGUCUUCCAAGUCAUGAGAAAUUCUACUGGAAGGAAAACAGUUCAUCAUUGAUAACAUGAAGCUGCUUUGCUGUAAUUCUAAAGGCAUACUCAAAAUCUUGGGACUUUGUAUACUGCAAUGCUAAUAGCAAUCUCAACCAUUGACAUGUAAACUAAAAAUGCUUUUAUUUGCUCCCUUCUGUUCAAGUGUCUCAGGAAGUUAUUGACUCGAUAGUAAGCAUGUAAAUUUGUGAAGCCGCAGGUGCUUAUGAACAUUGCUCUAAUACAGGCGAGAGUUAUUUCAUUGAAAACAUAUUUCCCAUGCGUGAUGCUUAUAAGAUGAAAAAUCUCCUGUUGUCUCAUGUAAAUUCUUUUGAUACUCAAGUUAAUAGCGGUAGCUGACCACUGUGUUUGAUAGAACAUUUGCUACAUGCUUGCCAUUAGAUGAAAAUGAGCUUCUGUUCCUUGGAUGACGCGUUUGCAGCUAGUUUCGUUGUACACAGCUCAAAGGGUGCUGACUAGCUCGCAGCCUACCAGUUCUGCGACCUGUUUUGUGUUUUCGUGCCUAGUCUCAUUUUGUUCGUGCUCUAUAAAUCCAAUUGAUCUUCAAAUUGGGAGUACUACUAGUAUAUUAUUUUCAUAAAAUAAGCACAGUUUCCAUUUAUUCUCUUUAAUUUUCAGUUGCUUAGAAAACCUGAGCUUUCUUUCUAAACUAUUUUCUCCAAAUUUCGUUACCCUAGGGCUUUGAUCUAUGUCCAAGUUAAAAUAAUCACAUUUGUAGAUUUGUUUUUACUUUUUAGCUAAGAAAUGAGGCAUCUAUGCCGAAAUUCAAUUGCCUUUUGAUAUCAAAACAUGAAAAAAGUGCGAAGUUGUGUAAUUCAGUAUGCCUUUGGACUAUGUUGCUUAUUGUAUUGCCAUAUCUAUAAGAUUCAGUUUUUCGUGCCUGCUGGGUCGCUAUGAUUGUUAAACUCUUGAUUUGUCCUUCAAAAUUUUGUCACUGUGAUAAUUCUCUUGGAGCUACCAACUCUAAUUCUAUAAAUUAUCCAUUUUAGGUUAUCGAUUGGAGAGAGCCUGGAUGGAGUGAAGGGAUCCUUCAACUAUUAG